AUGGCGACAGAAUCCGUCUCUGAUGAAUGGAUGUAUAACGAAGUGCUAGACGACGAUAUGCCCGAGGUAUCUGGUAUGAACAGAAGAGUCAGUAUCGAUAGCACUGACCUUCUGGACGACGUGUUAACCUUUCCUGCCUCAGGAGGUGGGAAUGGAUCCAAAACAGAAGUCGAUACAGAAGAAGAAGUAGAUUUAAACUUACAUUUCACGACAGAUACCGAAAACGGAUUGGCAGGGAUUGAAGAUUCGCGUUCAGCCCGUUACAAUGCUGAACAAGUUGCAAAGACAGUACAAGCACGCAUUGAGUCAAACAAGACUUCGCAGAGCAUUGGAGGAACUCAUUCAAGAAGCAUUUAUAUGCGUGAUCCAAAUAAAAAAAACUCCGUCUUUAUUGGGAACUUGACAUGGUGGACUACUGAUAUGGAUGUACUAAGUGCCGUGAGAGAAGCAGGUUUAGGCGAAGUCAAGAGCUUGAAGUUUUACGACAACAGGACGAAUGGGCAGUCUAAAGGGUUUACAAUGGUGGAACUGACAAGUGAAGCAGUUGCUUUGGGUGCUCCUGAUAAAUUACAAAUGAUCACUGUUCAUGGUAGGAAGCUUGUUGCAGCGUAUGCUGGUCGGAUGUCAGUGGCUCAGUUUGAGGCCAAGUCCUCUGGUAAAGCUGUCCCUGAUAAGCAGCCACUGGUCGGGAAUAAACCGCAAACUUCCUUGACUGGAAAGAAUCCUCCAUUAUAUCCCAGGCCUCCAUUAGCUAGUGUAAUGGGAGGCCUCCCUCCUCCAAUUCUUCCUCCUACUCUAGUUCCUCCUGAGCUUCCGUUCAACCCUGCCUUUCCAGCUGCAGCUCUACCUCGUCCUCCUCCAUUGCCUCCAGCUGCGUUUGAUCCCAGUGCCCUUGCUGCAGCUGCAGCUUUAAACAGUCAAAAACCAGGCGGAGCCCAUUUAAACCCAGCCUUUCUUCAGGAUCAAAUGAUGCAAGGGAAUAAUGUGGCUGAAAUAUUUGCCAAAGCUUUUCAAGGUCCAACGAGUCGUCCAAGUGAUGAGGAAAUUGCUGACGCUAAUCAAAGGAAUCGAGCUAUCUCUAGUUCCGCAAUAUCACGUGCUAUGUCCGACGCAAAUGCAGGCGAUUAUGAGAGUGCAAUUGAGACACUUAAAAUGGCAAUUACACUUAUCAAACAAUCAAUAACAGCUGGAUCAGAAUCAUGCCAGAUACUAAUACAGUCACUAGUUGAUUGCUUAAGAGGAGUAGAGCAUCAGGCCAGUGGAAGCAAGUGA